AUGAAACCGACUUCGUACCCUCGAGAUGAUCGGUUCAAGGCGAUAAUCACAAGCCCUAAGUACUAUAAAAAUUCUUCCGGCCUUAAUCGAAUUCAUUGUCCUGAGGGAACAAUUCCAAUUCUAAGAUCACAAAUGAAAUUCCCACAUUACAACAAAUUCCCCUCACAGAAUGACAACAAUAUCACCAACGAGUUCGGAAUAGCAGUUUACCCUAGAGGGACUUACUAUGGAGCAAUUGGAAACCUCAAUGUAUGGAGUCCAUCCACGUUUGGUUUAGAAUUCAGCUUAGCUCAAGCGUGGGUCACAGAUGGGGAAGGCCAAGACUACAAUUCAGUAGAGGCGGGUUGGAUCUCUGAUGGCUACGGAUCCACUGGAUGCUACAAUUUGGAUUGUCCUGGUUUUGUUCAAACAUCCCAGGAAGUCACACUUGGUGAAGUCUUAACCCCAGUUUCAUCUUAUGAUGGGCCCCAAUACCAAGUUACCAUUGCCAUCCACAAGGACAUAGGGACCGGAAAUUGGUGGUUGAAUUUCCAGGGUAGAACGGUAGGAUACUGGCCGCGUUACAUAUUCAGUGGACUGAGGACAAGCGCAAGCUUAAUAGCUUGGGGUGGGGUGAUUGGUGAUUCACACCCACAAGGCACCCACACAACUACUCAAAUGGGAAGUGGGCAUUUUGCCAAUGAAGGGCGUGGCAAGGCGGCUUUCGUGGACAAUCUAGGGUUUGUGGAUGAAGGUGAACAUGUUAAGGAUGCUAAGACCCUGUUAGGAUAUGCCACAAACCCAGCUUGUUAUAGUGUCGAGGUUGGAGAUUGGAAUAAUAUUGAAAAGACACAUUUUUACUAUGGAGGCCCAGGAUGGUCACCCAAUUGUACAUAG